UUCCGCAGGAGGCAGUUGACCGUUGAUGAUCACGUUCGUUCAAGAUGAAACGCAGUUGGUUAACGUUGAAUUCUAGUGACAAAUGGGGAGCUUUGCACGGUGUUGUCCCCCUUCUUCUUCUCUGCGUCGUUAUUCCUUACUGGAGUCACAUUGAAAAUGGGUGGGUCAACCUCGGAAUACGGACGCAAUCUCUUUGGGAUCGAAUGCUCGACACGAUUGGCGAUGAUACAUUCAAUCUCUACGUUUACGGACUGAACAGCUGGACUUUUGUCUUGUACUGGUCCGUCGGGUUGGCCUUCUUAUUCGCCGAGACUUGUGCUAGGCCACAGUGGCUGCUUCGAUAUAAAGUUCAACCGAAGGCAACGGUCGAUCGCAAACGUCUGUAUUCGUUGGUUACGACCGUUCUGGUCAACCAGUUUUUUGUGAUCCUCCCAUUUUCAAUCGUCAGCCACUACAUACUAUUAUUUCGAGGAACCUUACCACCAAUCCGCGAAGUACCGACAUUCCAACGAUUCGUGAUCAUUUUUGCCAUUCUUGUUACAACGCAAGAAGUCGUAGGUUAUUACACGCACCGGUUGUUCCAUCACCGGCUGAUUUACAAAUGGACCCACAAACUGCAUCACCAAUGGACGGCCCCCAUAGCUUUGUCCGCCUAUUACAAUCGUCCAUUAGAUCACCUGAUUGUCAACAUGAUGCCGGCCACCAUAGGAUUGCCGCUAACGAACGCCCAUUUCUUCACGUCUUGGCUAUGGUUGACGUGGGCGACUCUUCGGACUCUGUCGGAUCACAGCGGUUAUCACGUGCUGCCAUUUCCGUCACCGAGACGUCGUGAUUUCCAUCACCAGAAAUUCACAGAAUGUUACGGUGUUUGGGGACCUCUGGAUUACCUGCACGGCACGGAGACACUCUUUCGCGCAAGCAAAACAGCCAGUAAAAGCCAAUAAUUAUGUAAGACAGAUAUUGUCUACCACGCACAUUUUAUUUCCUUAGCCAACAUGUUGUAGUCAAUCAAUUUUGCUACAAUUAUACCAAGAGA